AUGGCCGACAUUCAGGCUCUCGUGAUCGGCAAUGGUUCCAGUACGGUGAAGGCCGGAUUCGCUGGAGAUGAUGCGCCGCGUGCAGUGUUUCCCAACGUUGUAGGUCGUUCUCCUGAAGAGGGGAAUGCUUACGUUGGUGAUGAAGCCGUGUCCAAGCGUGAAAAUUUGACGCUGAAGCAUCCUAUUGAGAAGGGUGUUGUGACGAGCUGGGACGACAUGGAAAAGGUCUGGCACCACACCUUCUACAAUGAGCUUCAUGUCGUUCCAGAGGAGCAUCCGGUGCUUCUGACCGACCAACCUUUGAAUCCCAAGGCGAAUCGCGAGAGGAUGACCCAGGUUAUGUUUGAGACUUUCAACGUACCGGCAAUGUAUGUCGCCAAUCAGGCCGUGCUCACCUUGUACUCCAGCGGUCGUAGCACUGGUAUUGUUCUGGCCUCCGGUGAUGGCGUGUCCAGCGCUGUCCCCGUCUACGAGGGUGAAACUCUAACGCACACGAUUCGCAGUUUGGAUCUUGGUGGCCGUGAUUUGACUAUGUACCUGGCUUUGAUUUUGCAAAUGAAGGGUCACUCCUUUACCACGGCUACCGAGCUGGAGAUUGUGAAGGACAUCAAGGAGAAACUCACCUACGCUGUUUUGGACUUCCAAAAUGAGAUGGCUACUGCGGAUUUAAAAAAUGAUUUGGAGAAGAGUUAUGAACUUCCUGAUGGCCAGCUUGUUACCCUUGGCAAUGAGCGCUUUAGGUGCCCAGAAGUGCUCUUCAACCCAGGGUUGGUUGGCAUGGAACAGGCGGGUAUCCAUGAGAUGUGCUUUGAGCCCAUCAUGAAGUGUGACGUUGAUAUGAGGAAGGAGAUGUAUGCUAACAUCAUUCUCAGCGGUGGUUCUACUCUGUUUCCUGGAUUUGCUGAUCGUUUGAACAAGGAGAUCACUGAGGUUGCUCCCCACACCAUCAAGGUCAAGGUGAUUGCUCCACCUGAGCGGGAGUUCAGUCCUUGGAUUGGUGGAUCCAUGUAUGCGUCUCAGAGCACCUUCCAGGAGAGGUCGAUCUCCAAGACCGAGUAUGAUGAGAGUGGUCCAUCCAUUGUCCAUGAUAAGUACACCAAGUUUAUAUGA